UCUCCUUGACCUCCAACUUCAUCUGGCCCAACAUGAGCAGCCUGGUCAAGCUGUUUCUCAGGGGUAAUUUCCUGGGUUCACUGGGCCCUGGGCAGCUCCAAGGCCUCUCAGCUCUCACCUUCCUGGACCUCAGUGAGAACCACAUGGAGGCCCUGCACCCAGGAUCUCUCCAAGGCCUUGGUCAAUUGAAGACACUCAUUCUAACGCUGAACCAGAUCAACAGCCUGCAGUACGGGGCACUGAGUGGAGCCCCUGCACUCACUGACCUUCACCUGAGCAGCAACAAUAUUGUGGAGUUUGAGGAAGGGGUGUUUGAGAACUCCUCCAAGUUGGUAAAGCUGAUUUUGUCCAAGAACAACUUGGUUAGCAUUGGGAAUGGCACAUUCAGGGGAGCAGUUAACAUGAGUCAUCUGGACCUCAGUGGAAACAGGUUAGAUUCUGUGCCCGUUGCUGCCCUGAGGGAUGUGUCACAGCUGCACAGCUUGUACCUCCAGAAGAACAGCAUCACCUUCUUACCAGAAGAUGCUUUCUCUGAGCUCAGCCAUCUAAGGGUUUUGGUUUUGAAUAAUAACUGCUUGAGCAUAAUAGCUGAACACUCAUUGAGUGGUCUAUCCCAUCUCGGUCAAUUGGAUCUGAGCUACAAUAACCUCCAAUCCCUUCCCUCUGAAGUGUUUCAAUAUAUAGGCAGACUGGAGCUCCUGGAUCUCUACCACAACAACCUGACAUACCUUCCAGAGGACCUGUUUCACAACCUAACUAGGCUGAGAGAGCUGCAGCUUGACAGCAACAAGAUCUCGUACAUUCCACCAGGGCUCUUUCACAUGGUGUCUAAGCUAAGGGAACUCCAGCUGGCCAACAAUCAGAUAGCUGACCUCCACAAUGCCUUGUUCUUCAGCCUGAGGAGGCUACGGAAACUCUACCUGGACAACAACGCACUAAGCAGGAUUCCCAGAGGCCUAUUCCACAAGACCAAGUACCUCAGGGAGCUACAGUUGGACAAUAACCACCUCAGGUCUCUCCCUAGGUCCAUCUUCCAUGGUCUGGCUAAACUCCACUCCCUGAAGCUUUUCAACAACCGUCUCACAGCUAUUCACCCUGAGCAGUUUUCUACCCUUGGUGACCUGAGAGAGCUCCUGUUGAAUGAAAACCUGAUAGAAGAUCUUCCCACAGGCGUAUUUUCUGAGCUUCGAAGCCUCAAGAUGCUGGAUUUGGACAACAACCGCCUCACAGCACUGGCUCCUACAGGCUUUGAUGGGUUAAGUGCCCUAAAGGAGCUCCAUCUCAGCUUCAACCAGCUCCGUGAUCUCCCAUAUGCCACCUUCUACACCCUGGGUGAUCUACGUAGACUCCUUCUCCAGAACAACCGCUUAGUGGCCUUGCACCCUCAAGUCUUCGCCCCCCUGGCCGACUUACAGGAGCUUGACUUGGACAACAACCAGAUUGAACUGCUACACCCUGACAUGUUUCAAGGCCUUCACCACCUCCAGAAACUGCACCUGAAAUCAAACCGCCUCAGUGCUCUUGUGAAUGGGACACUGGAGCCUCUGGAGAGCCUGAAGGUCCUCCACCUGGAGGGGAACCCCUGGGACUGCUCUUGCAGAUCACCCAUCCUGUACAUCAGUAACUGGAUCAUCAACAACACCCAGAAGCUACAGGAUGAACCCAUGUGUUCCACACUCAGCCAACCCAUUUCACAGCCUGCACACUUAUUAAAGCCCUGUGUGAGCUUUGCAUGCUGCCCCAGAAACACAUUUCCCCUAGAGAUGCUGACAGUGCUUACAGCUUGGCUUCUAGGUAUUGGUUUUCUGUGACAUCCUUUUGCGGUUUCCUCAUUUUGGUUUUCUUUCUUGUUUUCAGAUGUUUAUGGUUUAUUGCUUUCAUGCAA